CUCUGCGCCGACACGAGUCACCAUCGCUCUCUGCAGCAUCUUCCGACCGAGCCGUCUCCAUGUCCGCCGACGAGGACAGCUGCUACCUGUGCAAGGAGUACCUCAGGGAUCCUGUGUCCAUCCCAUGUGGCCACAUCUUCUGCGCCAUCUGCCUGAAGACUUACUGGGACCAUGCUGACCACACAGGUCUGUACCUCUGCCCCGAGUGCAGGGUCACCUACAACAAGAGGCCCACGCCGAGACGCGUCGGAAGCUCCCGCCAGUCCACCCUCCAACGCAACUCUGAGUCCUUCCCACCGCCCCCUCCGUCGCCUGAUUACAACUACGCGGGACCCCAGGAUGUAGGCUGCGACAUCUGCGUCGGGAAGAAGCAGAAAGCCAUCAAGAGCUGCCUGAUGUGCCUGGCGUCUUAUUGUGAGAAGCAUCUCAAGCCUCACUACGAGUCAGCCACUUUCAAACGGCACAAGCUGGUGGAUGAAAUCGGCCACCUGGACAGGCAGAUCUGCCCCCAGCAUCAGAAGGGUCUGGAGCUGUUCUGCCGCACCGACCAGAUGUGCAUCUGUGUGCUGUGCACGGUGAAAGAACACAAAGGCCACGACAUGGUGUCUGCGGAGCAGGAGAGGACCGACGAGCAGCAACGGUUGGGAGCCACACAGGCCGAGAUCCAGGAGAAAAUCCACGACCGGCUCAAGCAGAUGGAGGAGCUGAAGCAGGCCGUGGACUCACUCAAGAACUCUGCCCACAGGGCGCUGCAAGAAUGUGAAAAGAUGUUCAGCGACAUGAUGCGCUCCAUUGAGAGAAUGCAGCAGGAGAUGGCCAAGCUGAUCUCCUCCAACAAGAGGGCGGCGCUCAACAACGCAGAAGGUCACAUGGAGCGUCUGAGCAACGAGAUCGCGGACCUGAAAAGGAGAGACAACGAGAUCACGCAGCUGUCCCGCACCGAGGAUCACAUUCACUUCAUCCAGAGCUACCACAUGCUGAUAGCCCAGACGGAGGCCGAGGAGCUGCCCACCGUCACCGUCAACCCCUACUUCUCCUUCGACCCCGUCACCAAGAGCGUCUCUGAGAUGAAGCAGCACAUGAACGAGUUCAGCAACGAGGAGCUGGUGAAGCUCGCCAAGACAGUCAACAAGAUGCCCUUCUGUGAACUGGAGGACUCCAAGAAGAGACGCUCGAUUAAUAAAGGUGAGGAAGCCGUCGUGUACAAGACUCUCCAGUCCACGUCUUCAGCCGCUCCGGUCCAGGAACCGCGCUACAGGGAGGAUUUCCUGAAAUAUGCCUGUCAGCUCACUCUGGACUCGAACACGGCCUACAGACAGCUCUACUUAUCGCGAGGGAACCGCAAAGCUGCCCUCAAGAGAGACCCUCAGUCCUACAGCGACCACCCUUCCAGGUUCGACUCCCUGCCCCAGGUCCUGUGUAGGGAGCCCCUCUCCGGCGGCGCCUACUACUGGGAGGUGGACUGGAGCGGGGAGGGGGCCGCCAUCGGCGUCACCUACAAAGGCAUCAAGAGGAGCGGAUACGGAGACAGCUGCCGCAUCGGCUACAACCGCAAGUCCUGGAGCCUGUUCUGCUCCGACUCCAGCUACUCAGCUCGUCACAACAAGGACCAGCUGGAGGUGCGAGCUCCCUACUCGUCCCGCAUCGGGGUCUUCCUGGACCACGCUGGGGGGACCCUCUCCUUCUACACCGUGGGCGACACCAUGUCGCUCAUCCACCGCUUUAAGGCCUCAUUCAGCGAAGCUGUCUACCCAGGUUUCUGGGUCUGGUAUGAGUCGGCCAUCACUAUCAUGCAGCUGUGAUUUAACACAUCAAUGUAAAACUGUGAUUAAAUUGAAGUAUGACCUUACAGAACAAUCUACAGAACAAAUAUUGCUCCUUUUGCUUCAUGACAGGAUUUUAAUGAUCCUACCAGAUUUUAUAUGUUGAUUUUUAGAUCAAUGUGUUACUCAUCAGGGGAACUAUAUGUGAUGACUGUGAAUAUACUGUGCAAAUAAACAUGACUAUGAGCAUUUACCAUUUAAAAUAAUGAAGACUGUACUUGAUUCAAGUAUGACAUGAUCAUUUAUACACUGAUGUGCUUUUUCAAUAAAUGAUUUUUUCCACA